UGUUGAGCAAGGCAACCACGGGUAUACGAGUGAAACUCAAACCACCGGAAGAUCUAGGAACAGACUGACAAACGCACUGUGCAGAAAGCGCUUAUUGGUGCAAGACUGUUGUUGUUGUGAAUGAUGGGAGGCUUUCAAUCUCUGCCUGAUGACCAUCAUUACCGAACUCUGUCUAAGAAGACAGGCUUUUCACUGGAGCAGAUCGGAAUUCUUCACAAUCGUUUCAAACAGCUUAGCAAAAAUGAAGAAACCUUACGAUGACUUUAAAACGAUACAAGACCUGGAAAGCAACCCUAUUCGAUCCCAAAUAAUAGAGGCCUUUUUUGAUAGAAGAAACUUCCAGAAAGAUGAGGUCGGAUCGGUGGAUGAAAUCGGUUUUGAGGAAUUCCUUACAGUCAUGUCAUAUUUCAGAGCACCGUCCCAUCACAUUACAGAAGAGCAGAGAGAAGAGAUUAGGAGGGCAAAACUACGCUUCCUGUUUAAUAUGCAUGACACAGACAAUGAUGGAACCAUAACACUGGAUGAAUACAGACAUGUAGUAGAGGAAUUACUUUCUCGUAGUGGGGCACUUGGAAGAGAAACAGCCAAGGGCAUUGCAGAUGCUGCAAUGCUGGAGGUUGCCAGCAUCUCAGUCGGUCCCAUGGUACGUUUUCUAGAAGCUUCAUAUCCAACAUUGAGUAAUCAGAUAUCGAGCCAUCAAUCAGUUUUUCUUGUUUUUUUCUUUAAUAUGCACACACACACAUUCAGCUUUUAUCUUGAUCGUAAAUUUCCAUUAGCAAUGACCACUUCAGGACUUUAUAUGUCAAGGACUUGAUGUGUGCCAUUUCUGCAUCCGAAAGUUUAUCAGUGCCCGGUUGCAUGAAACUCCUUAAGUAAGGGUUUCCCUGAGGGGGAAAAAUCCCUGAGGUAAGGGAUUUAUUGUUAUGUGGAUGUGUAGGAUGAACCCAAAUGCAGACAACAAGGGGUUAACUCAGGAUAUUUAAUGAAUAAAACAGAAAACAAAACCCACGAGGGGGCAAAACAAUAUAAACCAGAUACAAAAACAGAGGAGUGAACACUAAACUGGACAAGAUACAAGACUACACACUAUAACACUAAACAAUAAACUAGACAGAACACUAAAUAUACAAUAAACUUGACUUAGACUUGACUUGACUUUAACUAGACAGUGUACUCACAGGAAUGAAACACAAUGCACAAGCACAGGACAAUGAAUACAAGAGGAUUAAAUAGGGUAACAAAUCAAGAGGGGAACAGGUGCUAUAAAUCAAACAAUAAUGGGAUAAUUAAUGAGGAAACAAGGGGGCGGGAUCAAGAGACGAGACUGAGAGCACAUGGCUAGGAAUAAACAAAGCCAGUGCUCUCACACAAAACAUGGGUCUGUCAUGGUUCUGCCACAAGACUAGAUUAAACAAAGGACAAAAUGGCAGAACCAUGACAGAAUCCCCCCCUUAAGGAGCGGCUUCCAGACGCUCCCCAGGGGAACACUAAACACGAGACAUGACAGACUGACAGAUAGACAGACACCAAGAAAACAUGACAAACAAUAUCAAAGGCAGACAAGAUAACAAUACAAAGGGGUUGGGGUGACAUAAU